CUCCAAACAGUAAUUGCAUUUAAUGCAUAUCAAAGCCAGAUAUUACUUCCUCAAUACAAUAUUAAACAAGGUGAUAUUACUAUACUUACUGGUAUGGGCUCGCUAACUUACCCAAUGCUAACUGCAUCCACCGAGUUAAAAAAAGUUUGGAUGAAAAUUAGUGAUCCACUAGCCUGCCGACCGGCAAUUCCUUUUCAUAUACGAGUGGAUCAAUUUUGUGCAUAUCAAAGAAUUUCCGUAGGACCUUGCAUCGGAGAUGGUGGAUCACCAUUAAUUAAUAUUAAUACUAUAGUUGGUAUUGUUUCAAUUUUUCGUCCAUGCGCCACUGGAUUUCCGGAUAUUUAUACUAACGUUUAUAUGCAUACACAGUUCAUUAAACAGUCAGCAGAAUUGGAGGAUUUGUAACAAAACUAUAGUACGCUAUAUAAUUGUAUUAAUAUAGAUUAUUUAUAAAACUUUAUGGGUUAGCAUAUAUAUUUAUUA